AUGUGGUCCCUGUCCAUAGUAUUUAUCUUCACAGUAUAUGGAACCCAUGGUUGUGUGAUAACCAGUCCAGACCAGAAGGCUAAUGCUGGGACAGAUGUCCAUUUGUCGUGUAAUUUCUGGCAAUGUCCUGGACCUCUGGACGUCAUGUCUCUUAGUGUAGAGUGGGAAUUCAAGGAUAUUUCCUCUGAGCCAAAAAUAAUCCUCUACUACAUCAGAAAUCGAACUGUACCACUUCCUGGUGUGUUUUUUCAGGGAGAUGUCGAAUUAGGGAGUUUUGUCUCCCAUCUCCCAUCUGUGACCCAUGAGAACAAUGGAACUUAUUUAUGUAGAUUACGUCUCAAUGGCAAAAGAACCAAAAACCAAACGCACCUUAUUGUGCAAUCAGCACUGACCAGGAGAAACAGCCCAAGUGCAAAUCAUCUGCAGAAACAUCCUCCCUGGCGGCUGCCCCUGGCAUCAGUGGCUGGGUUUGUGUUACUAAUUGGUACAGUGUUUUUGGGGAGGAAAGCGUACAGAUCAACCCAGAGAGAAAACAACUCAAAGCAAAAUAUGGAAGAGGUUAAAACCGGCACUGACACUGAAGACAAGGGAAUGACAUACAUGGUGGGAUUCAGCAUGCCUGACCUUGCAGACGUGAACAGUCCUCCCAGCAGUCCAGAUAACAUCUAUGUUACCAUGUGGUAA